ACUCACUUCUUCCCCCAAACACAAAAUACAGAGAGAGAGACUCCUCUCUAACGUGCGCAUCUCUCUCUCCCAAAAACUUAUCCUACGCCGCACCACCACCAUCUCCAUCUCCGGCGAAGAAACCACCACCGCCAUGGGGAAAGGCCGUGCACUCUCCGACGGGGUGAUAAAAAAGAUCAUCCUUUCAUACACCUAUGUAGCAAUCUGGAUCUUCCUCAGCUUCACAGUCAUCGUCUACAACAAAUACAUCCUCGACAAGAAGAUGUAUAAUUGGCCAUUCCCAAUAACUCUCACCAUGAUUCAUAUGGGUUUUUGCUCUUCUUUAGCUGUGAUACUCAUCAAAGUCUUCAAAGUCGUUGAGCCAGUCUCAAUGUCUCGUGAGACUUAUCUCAGAUCCGUUGUACCAAUCGGCGCGUUGUACUCACUCUCCCUCUGGUUAUCAAACUCUGCUUACAUCUACCUCUCUGUUUCCUUCAUUCAAAUGCUCAAAGCCCUUAUGCCUGUAGCUGUUUACUCGAUCGGGGUUUUGUUAAAAAAGGAGACUUUUAAAUCUCAGACUAUGACUAACAUGCUCUCGAUCUCGUUUGGUGUUGCUAUUGCUGCGUACGGUGAAGCUAAGUUUGAUGGUUGGGGUGUGUUCCUUCAGCUUGGUGCUGUUGCUUUUGAAGCUACGAGGUUGGUUUUGAUUCAGAUCUUGCUUACUUCUAAAGGAAUCAACCUUAACCCUAUCACUUCUCUCUAUUACGUUGCUCCUUGCUGUUUGGUUUUCCUCUCUGUUCCUUGGAUCUUUGUUGAGUUCCCUGUUCUUAGAGACACUUCGAGUUUCCACUUCGAUUUUGUCAUAUUUGGAACCAAUUCUGUUUGUGCUUUUGCUUUGAAUCUUGCUGUGUUCUUGCUCGUUGGAAAAACCUCUGCUUUGACUAUGAAUGUGGCUGGUGUGGUUAAAGAUUGGCUCUUGAUUGCCUUCUCUUGGUCUGUGAUCAAGGACACGGUCACACCUAUCAAUCUCUUUGGGUAUGGUCUUGCCUUUUUGGGUGUUGGGUAUUACAACCACUGCAAGUUGCAGGCUUUGAAGGCUAAGGAUGCUCAGAAGAAGGUUCAGGCUAAUGAUGAGGAAGCUGGGAAGCUUUUGGAAGAGAGGGAAACUGAAGCUAAACGAAACGAAACCCAAGAUUGAUCUGAGAAGAUCUGAUUCAAGAAUGCAAUAAGAGCUUCAAUGGUUACAAAUGGUUUUGGAAGAGAUUUUUGGAUUUUGCUUCUUCAUAGGUAUGGUUCAUCAUUGUCGGUGUUCUCGUUUACGGUUUUAGUUUUGCGAUUUAUAUUGUUUUAAGUUAUGGAUCAUUUAUAUUACAUAGCAAUUUGAUGGAUGUUUUAAAAGGUUUCAUGAAUCUUUUGAAACUCCAUUGUAUCUUCUUUUGUUUCUUACUUCCUCUUUAUGACAUUUUACCUUUGUGGGUAAACAGUUGUUGUAGUAGUAAACUUUUGUUAAAUGUCAAAUUUGAAAUUCCCUUUACCA